AGGGCCGCCGCCUACCUGUGUUUCUUGGAUGAACUAUCACGAACAAAAAAGUUGCAGAUGAAAUCAAGUGACAUCGAGGCCUGGUGAGUGCAUUUGUUGGAGAACACCGUUGGCCUGCCCAAGGAAUCCUGUGUCUACAGCAACUACCAGUUGGAGAGUCAUCCAUUUCUGCUUUGGUGGUUCCGAUGGCAGCCUACAAGCAAGUGAUCUGCAAUCAAGUCUUGCAAUCGAUUGAGACUGUCAUGGCUCCUGAGAGGGAAGGCAACCGUCCCGAAAACUACAAUUUUGCGACAGAGGAUGUGAACUCUGAAUUUUCGACGGAGGAAGAAAGGGACAAGUUAGCCUACUGUGUCACGGAUGUGCCUCCCUGGUAUCUGUGUAUCAUCCUCGGUAUUCAGCACUGCUUAACUGCUUUUGGGGGGAUCAUCGCGAUCCCCCUGAUCCUGUCCCAGGGGCUGUGCCUGCAACAUGACAGCCUGACCCAGAGUCACCUCAUCAGCACCAUCUUCUUGGUCUCAGGGGUCUGCACGCUGCUCCAGGUCACCUUCGGGGUCAGGUUGCCUAUCCUUCAAGGCGGUACCUUCACACUGCUGGCUCCGUCCAUGGCCAUGCUGUCUAUGCCCGAGUGGACGUGUCCGGCCUGGACGCAGAACGCCACCCUGGUCAACACCUCCUCUCCAGUGUUCAUCGAAGUGUGGCAGAGCCGGAUGAGGGCAUUGCAGGGCUCCAUCAUGGUGGGUUCCCUCUUCCAAGUCGUGGUGGGCUUCUCAGGCCUUAUCGGUCUCUUCAUGCGCUUCAUCGGCCCGCUGACCAUCGCGCCCACCAUCUCUCUCAUCGGCCUGUCGCUGUUUGAGUCGGCUGGUGCCAACGCCGGCAACCACUGGGGUAUCUCUACCAUGACCACAGCGUUGAUCAUCUUGUUCUCCCAGUACCUCCGCAGGGUGCCGGUGCCUUUCCCAGCUUACAGCCAGCACAAGAAACUCCACACCACCAGCAUCUACGUCUUCCAGAUCCUCCCUGUUCUGUUGGGCAUCACGGUGUCGUGGCUCAUCUGCUAUAUCCUGACAGUCAGCGACGUGCUGCCCUCGGACCCCAACACCUACGGCCACCUGGCCCGCACCGACACUAAAGGAGAUGUCAUCGGCCAGGCCUCCUGGAUCAUGUUCCCCUACCCGGGCCAGUGGGGGAGGCCCACCGUGAGCCUGGCGGGGGUGUUUGGCAUCCUGGCCGGGGUCAUCUCCUCCAUGAUAGAGUCGGUGGGGGACUAUCACGCCUGUGCCAGACUCUCCGGGGCCCCCCCCCCGCCCAGACAUGCCAUCAACAGGGGCAUCGGCAUGGAGGGCCUGGGCUGCUUGCUGGCGGGGGCCUGGGGCACCGGCAACGGCACCACCUCAUACAGUGAGAAUGUGGGGGCCCUUGGUAUAACUAAGGUGGGCAGUCGCAUGGUGAUCGUGGCGAGUGGCGUCCUGAUGGUGGCCAUGGGCGUGUUUGGUAAGAUCGGGGCUAUCUUCACCACCAUCCCGACGCCCGUGGUGGGAGGAAUGUUCAUGGUCAUGUUUGGAGUGAUCUCCGCAGCUGGGGUUUCUAAUCUCCAGUACACAGACAUGAAUUCUUCUAGAAACAUCUUCAUCUUUGGCUUCUCCAUGUUCUCCGGCCUCGUCAUUCCCAACUGGAUCAUGAAGAACCCCACUGCCAUAGCGACGGGCGUGGUGGAGCUGGACCAGGUGUUCCAGGUGUUGCUGACCACCAGUAUGUUUGUCGGAGGCUUCUUUGGGUUCUUUCUGGACAACACCAUCCCGGGCUCCAAGGUGGAGCGAGGCAUCGUGGCGUGGAACCAGACCCACCAGGAGGCCGGCGGCGCCCUGGAGAGCGACGAGGUGUACGACCUCCCGUUCGGCAUCAGCUCCUUCUUCCAGAAGUCCUCCUGGACGCGCUACAUCCCCUUCUGCCCUCCCCGGAGGCCCGGCCUGCUGGACGGCUACGACGCCAACGCUAACUCCAUGGACAUCAAGCACCUCCCUCAGGACCAGACCUCCUCUCACGUCAUCAUAGCGGCGGCCUCCAUGUAGGCGUCACUGUCGCACGCUACCUCCUGCCCAGUGUGUGGCCGGACUUGACAAAGGAUCAAUUGCAGGGUUUUUUACGGUGGGUGUAACAGAAGGACGACGGAGACACUGGAGGAUAAUGUGAAUACAAUUGAUUGUAAGUUUUAAAUGGACAUUUCUUAUUCUUCCUUGAUUGCUUAUAUAUUGAUAGUGUAUUGUUGAGGUGUGUUAUGUGUCAUGUUGCAUUAUAUUCUGCUGCAAUCACAGGGAGAUAAAUACAAAUCUUUGACAAGCCUUUCUUACCAACUUUUUCUAGAAGAUACUUUCAUUUAUUCAUUACUGCUCAUUAAUAUUGUAUUAAGCACACUCUUUUGUAUUCAUUAAGUUUGUGUUUUUUUCACUUUUAUGGAGAAGGUAAAGAGGCUGGAACAGUUUCCUUUUUUUUUAAUUAAAAAAUCGUAAUUUACUUAAA